AUGCCGCCAACACCGACGCCGGCAUCGACCCCUAUCUCUCCAACGCCAAGUCCGGUGGCGCCAACACCGACCCGUGUGGUUCCGACGCCAGCACCCACCCCUGUCUCUCCGUCGCCAACCCUGGUGACCCCAACACCGGCCCCUGUGAUGCCGCCAACACCAACAUCGGUGACUCCGAUGCCAGCACCGACCCCCGUUUCUCCAACGCCAACUCCGGUGGCCCCAACACCGACUCCUAUGAUACCGCCAUCACCAACCCUUGUGACUCCGAUGCCAGCACCAACCCCUGUCUCUCCAACGCCAAUCCCGGUGGCCCCAACACCGACCCUCGUGAUGCCGCCAGCACCCACCCCUGUGACUCCGACGCCACCCCCAGCCCCGGCCCCAGCGCCGGCUACAUCGACCGGCAAGUGCCCCGUGGACACACUGAAGCUACUUGCAUGCGUGGACGUGCUCAAUGGGCUGUUGCACGCGGUGAUCGGCAGUAGCGCCAGGAAUACAUGCUGCCCGCUGCUGUCCGGCGUUGCCGACCUCGACGCUGCUCUCUGCCUUUGCACCACCAUCAAGGUCAAGGCCCUCAACAUCAACCUCAUGCUGCCCAUCGCCAUCGAGGUGCUCGUCAACCAGUGCGGCAAGAGAGUGCCGAAAGACUUUCGCUGCCCUAAUUAA